AUGGAAUCUGUCCCUGACCCCUGCUACACAUGCCGCAAUCGGCGCAUCCAGUGCGACCAGACUGGCGUCCCCUGCGGCAAGUGCGAAAAAGCCGGGUUGGAAUGUCUCGACAAACGGCCCUUUCGAUGGGUCAAAGGCGUCGCUAUCCGCGGGAAGAUGCAAGGUCGAUCAUAUGAGAAUGCGGGUCCUUCGUUCACGGCAGAACACGCGCCUGUAUUGGCGAAGUCGAGGCGCACGUUGAUUCGUUCUUCUCAAGGUCGUCUCGGCAGAUCUAAUGGCACUUUCGGUACUUCCCCGAGUAUACCUGUAAACUUGGAAGAUCCAUCCCUAUUGAACCUGGAUCAAGCAUCUAAAUACUACAUUGACUAUUGUGAAUAUCCCGUUUCCUCCUAUCCUUGCCCCAAUCACUUCGAUUUACUGACGGACUCGGCAGACAAUGAACGCAUUUGCAAGCUCUUCAUUGUAUAUGAUAGCGACAAAAAUCCAUUCAGGAGCCUCAUCCCUCUUGGCAUGAAUGAUCCCGUGCUGAUGAAAGCUCUUCUGGCGAUGGCAGCACGCCACCAUGCCAAUACCGGCCAGUCAUUUAACCAACUCGACAAUCCCACGUCGCCCAGCCUGAUCAAUGCGAACCGCGAUGCGCUUCUCUUUAAGCAUCAAGCUAUGGAAGCGUUGUCGCAUUCUUUGCGCGACAAGAACCUUUCGGAUCAAGAUAGUACUGUGGCUAGCAUCUUCUUGUUGAUCUUCUUAGAUCUUUUGGAGUCCGGAAGUGACGGGUGGAAUUUUCACCUGGAAGGCGCUAAGAAUCUGAUCGCUUCCACUUAUAAACAUUCCGAGGAUCAGGCCGUGAUCAAUCACGGGCCUGGUGAGACAGUGCGGGAGAUUCGAGAUUUUAUUAUGAAGCAAAUUUACCUAAUCGAAACACUUGGUGCAGCUUUCUUACGCCCAAAACUAUUAUCUCAGGUUCCGUCUUUCGAUCAGCGUGAAUCCCAGCUUCAAGAGACUAUCGAGAAAUCAUUCCUUGGAUGUUCUGAAUACAUUCUCAUGGCUAUUCAACAACUUUCCAUGGAAAGAGACAGCAUUGCAGGCUCCAGGCCACUCGACGCCGAUGCUGUCGAAAUUCACGUUCAGAAUACCACAGCGUUACUCAAGCUCAUUCGAAAUUUUGAUAGCUAUGCUUGGGCAUCGAAAGUCCAACAAUCACGAACCUCUUCGCCGCAGGAAAUUGCUAAUCUCUGCACAUUAUCCGAGGCAUACAGACUCGGCGCCCUUCUAUACGGCACACGUAUCCUCGACUUUGUGACAGGAGAAUUCACAGAGCAGGAUGAUAAGGUCGCUGAGCUCUUAGGCAUGGCCGACUCCUUGAAGAACGACGAGGCCAUGUUUAAAUGUGUUCUUUGGCCGAUCUUUGUUGCAGGUCUGGAGUCUCAAUGGCAGGCCCAAAGAGACUUUCUCGUUGGCUGCAUGGAGAGGUUCUGGGAUAUCACUAGGUGUUUGAAUGCUGUCAACGCAACAAACAUCUUGCAAGAGUACUGGCAGCAAGAAAGCUCACCGGGUGACAACCGGUCGGGUUGGAUUUUCAAUAUCGGUCGCCUUGGGCGCGACUGGCUUUGGAUAUGA